GUACACGCGAGCAUGGGUUCCCCGCACAACCCGGCCGUUUGGCAAAAGCGCGGGCCCUUCUAUUAAUAUCGUUGUCGCCAUUGUUGGCCAUCCCGCUUUGCACAGACCGUGGCGAGAGUUUCCCGCGUUCGAUCGCGGGCGAGAGCCAAACGCCGUUGCGAUUCUCCCGCAGACAAAAAAAAAAAAAAGGGAGGCACAAGAUGUUGAGAGCGAGUGCGCGCGCUCGCGCCCCCGUCAGCAUUGCCUUUCACUGUCUCGCGGACGACGAACGUGCGUUUUUGGCGUGACGUCGGAAGGGUAGCUAAGCGUGUUUGACGGCUGUGACCGCGAGAUACGAAGAUCGGUUUGGCGGCGGCCCCCAUUUCGCAUCUGGGCGGCCGUUAGCGCGCUCGUGUUAAAGCAAUUAGUGUGUGCUGUGUGUGUGUGUGAUUGUGUGUAGGCAGUGUGUGGGUGACGUGCUGUGUGCGGCAGAAUCGUGCAUUGAACUCCAAUCACCAACAACCCGUUCAAGAUGAACUUUCAGCGAUCAACUACGAUCACGAGUACGGUCACGCGCAUCCCGGAAGCGGAAUACGUGAACCCGUUCGUGCUCAAGCUAGAUCUGGACGAUCCUUGGGAAAGGAGAAAGACAUAUCUGAUGACGUUGCUGGUGCUACCGAUACGGGUCGUGCUGAUGGGCCUGUGCCUGCUGGUGGCGUGGGCCUUCGCCUCCAUCGGGCUGUACGGGCUGACCGAGAAGGAGCGCCGCUCGGUACCGAUUGCUGGCUGGCGACGUGAAAUGCGCGAGCUGACCGCAGUGGCCAUGCGGAUGGUUUACUUUUUCGGCUCGUUCCACCGGAUCCGGGUAAAUGGCGUGUGUGCGUCGCCUCGCGAAGCGCCAAUCGUGGUCGUCGGCCCGCACUACAGUCUGUUCGACGGGAUCGUGGUUGCGUACUGCGGUCCCUCGACCGUCGUCGCGAAAAGUAAAGCCGCGGAUCUACCCAUCAUUGGCAAAAUUAUCGACAUCACGCAGCCGAUCUACGUGUGCCGGGAGGAUCCGAACUCGCGCCACAUCACGCGCCAUCUCAUCAUCGAGCGGGUCAUCUCGAAGGAGGACUGGCCCCAGAUACUGAUCUUCCCCGAGGGUACCUGCAGCAAUGGGCACGCGGUGGUGCAGUUCAAACCGGGUGCGUUCGGGCCGGGCCUGCCGGUGCAGCCGGUGGCGAUACGCUACCCCAACCGGACGAACACAGUGUCGUGGACGUGGGAGGGUCCGGGCGUGCCGGUACUGCUCUGGCGUACGCUGACCGCCCUGCACACCGGGCUGGAGAUUAACUUCCUGCCGGUGUACUACCCGAACGAGCAGGAGCGCAACGAUGCGAAGCUGUACGCGCUGAACGUUCGGAACUACAUUGCGCAGUCGCUCGGCAUUCCCGGGACCGAGCACGGGUACAACGAUUGCAAGCUGAUGAACUACAUGAUCGCCAUCGGGAUGCCCUACUUUGCCUGGAGCCAUGACAUUGCGAAGAUGCGCCGAUGGUUAGGACUGGCUGACGGCAAGCGUGAACAGGAGCUGGUAGAGCAGUACGCACCGUUCACGGACCGGAACGCAUUCGUCACGCUGGAAGAAUUUGCCGAACGCUUGAACGUCUCGGUGUAUAAUGAUUCCACGAGGAUUUUGUUCAAAAUUUUCAACAAGGAUAAGGACAGCGCAGGAGUAAUUGACUUCAGGCAGUACUUGCUGCUAGCCCUCUUCCUGUCCACCUUGGGCAAACCAAAGCUGGACUUGAUGAAGCUUCUGUUUAAGCUGUACAGCGAGGAGCGUGAUCUGAUCGGAAGCGACGGUCUUUACCAGGCAGUUAAGCAUCUAGCGUCUAUUACGCCUGCGGAGUGCAAUCAGCUGUUUGCGGAGGCAGACACCAGCCAGCGGGGAGUCAUUUCCUUCGAGCAAUUUGAGCGCACCAUCAACAGCCACUCGGUGCUGAACGAGGUGCAGGAGCUGAACGAACCGAAACCGUACGCAGCGCCGCAGCAACAGUCGGCGCCACAGACCAGCUAGAGUUAGUUAGGCGAUAGGAGCGGUAGUAGCAGGAGUAGAUGGAGUAGUAGGAGUAUUUUUGUUUGCCAACAGCUGUACACCGCUGUACCGGCUGUGUCUUGCCACCAGCAAACCAACCAACCAAUCAACCAACCAACCAACCGAC